UUACCUACGCUUAUCUCGUUCGCUUUUAUGAUAAAGAGUGAGCAUCAAGGAAUUUAGAUGCAAGGAGAGAUAUAGAAAUUAAAGUUUUAACAAAAUGGUUGUACUGCAAGCGGGAAAAUCUCCCUUCAAGACAGAAAACACCUAUGAUGAGAAGUUGAAGAUCUGGAGUGGUGGCGAGAAGCGGAGUUUGUUCUCCCCAGAUUUGUCCAUCGGAGAGAUUACCUUUCAGCAAAUGGAGCGUAAUCCCAAGCUCACCGCACAGAUAUCAGUUACGGAAAACACUGUGCUCACCUGGCAAGAUAUCCAUACAAACUCAAUGAAGGUGGCCACUUAUAUGCGUAAACUGGGCCUGCAACAAGGUGACUUUGUGGGCAUCAUUGGCAGGUUGACCACCCACUUGACGGCUCUGGCCUAUGCCUGUUUCUUUAAUGGAACUCCGUAUCAUGCACUACACACUCAAUACGAAGAAUCUGCCAUCGAGCGACUGUUCGCCAUAACCAAACCACGUUUGAUCUUCUGCGAUGGAGAUGAGUUUGAAAAAGUUCAAGCUGCCACCAAGGAGCUUCAGGUACAAAUAGUAACCAUGCGUAAUCACCCAACAGGAUCGCUGAGUAUCCAGGAUAUUUUAAACACGCCCGUGGAGUCGAACUUCCGGCCAGUGCGUCUAAAAGAUGGCACUGAUCAAAUACUGGCCAUUUUGAGUUCUUCGGGCACUUCAGGCCUUCCAAAGCCAGUCACCGUUAGCAAUAGUCAUCAGAUUAUUGGGAGCUUUCUCCCCGUGGAUAGCUCGAUUGUUCAGUAUAACCCAAACACUUUAGACUGGGCAUCCGGAAUCAUUAUGACUGUUAAUGCAGCCGUGUUUAGCUUGACCAGUAUAAUCGAGGACUGUGACUUUGAACCUGCCACUUUGUGUGGCCUAAUUGAGAAGUACAAAAUAUCGAUGGUGUUCGUAAGUUCCUCGCAAUUGGCCAUGCUGUCCAACUGCUCGGAAUUCUAUUCAGCGGAUUUAUCAUCUGUAAAGUAUUUCUUCUACGGCGGAUCAAACUGCUCGCUGGAAACUCAGAACAAGAUUCGCAGCCGUCUUAGCAAUGAGUGUGUAAAUUUCAGCUAUACAAUAACCGAGUUGAACAGCACCGGAUGUCUGAACUUCAACUUCGAUGAGAAACCCAACUCAGUGGGUCGCCCAGUGAGAGGCAUUAAAAUUAAGAUAGUCAACGAGUUGGGCGAGGCACAAGGACCCAAUGUCGUGGGAGAGGUGUGCUUCAAUAAUGGUCAAAAGUGGUCUGGUUACUACAAGAAUCCCGAGGAAACCAAGAAGAUGCAGGACUCCGAGAACUGGUUUCACACCGGGGACCUGGGCUACAUGGACGAGGAUGGCUAUCUGUUCCUUAUCGAUCGUUUAAAAGAUAUGCUCAAGUAUCAGACCAUCAUGUAUUAUCCCAGCGAGAUUGAAAGUGUCAUCGCUGAAAUGCCAAAUGUUGUGGAGGCCUGUGUCUUUGGCAUUUGGGAUCCAGUGAAUGGAGACAAGGCGGCAGCUUCAGUGGUCAAGAAACCAGGAACCCAACUGGAGGCACAAGAUGUUGUGGAGUUUGUGAGGAAGCGUAUACAUGCCAAGUUCAAGCAGUUGAACGGAGGAGCUUUGAUUGUGGAUCAGAUUAUUCAGAGUGGUAAUAGGAAGGCAAACAGAGCCGCCACAAAAGCUGAGUUUUUAAGAAUUAUGCAGAAGAAUUCGAUCUAAAAAAUGUUACAAUAUUGAAA